GACACUCAAUUUAAGUACUUGACAAAGGCCAAGGUGGCUUUGUGACGUAGCUGGGGCUGAGGGAAAGCGGAGGCGCGCGCUCCACCCGCCCUCUUUUGCCGCAGGCCGUGGGAAUGGAGACAUCUGCCCACGUGCGGAGAGCCCGCUGGCCAUGACAACGACGACGACCACCAUAACCGCGGUACGCUCCAUCUCCUGCCCUGCUGAUCCUCAGGGCUUGUCCUCUCACAACCACCUCACAGGGAUGGCCACGACCAGUCAAGGGCACUUUGACCCUUAUGAGGCUCUGGAUCUUACAGAAUUUGCCAAAAACCAGCCUUGGUGGCGCAAGCUUUUCGGGCAGGAGACACGGCCUUCAGGUGAGAAGUACAGCGUGGCAACCCAGCUCCUGAUCGGCGGCGUCACUGGCUGGUGCACUGGCUUCAUAUUCCAGAAAGUUGGAAAGCUAGCUGCCACAGCAGUGGGAGGGGGCUUUUUUCUCCUUCAGCUCGCAAACCAUACUGGCUACAUCAAAGUUGACUGGAAUCGAGUAGAGAAGGACAUGAAAAAGGCCAAGGAGCAACUGACGAUUCGGAAGAGCACCCAAAUACCAAACGAGGUCAAGAGCAAAGCUGAGGAGUUGGUGUCCUUUGUAAAGAAGAAUGUUUUCGUGACUGGAGGAUUUGUUGGAGGCUUUCUGCUUGGUAUGGCAUCCUAAGGGGUAUGGCUUCACUUCCACUGUUCAGCAGCUUCUACACACCAUCGUAGAAAAAUCUAGACUCUUUUUUCCUCCUCUUCAUGCCCUCCUCCCUGUUGUAAGUCUGAACCGCUUCCAUGGGCAUCUGCCCAUGCAAGUUAACACAGGUCCUCCCAUGGGCUUGAGAAGCCAUGGGGAAGCACACUCCAUCUGGAGGCCAACAAGAAGGGCCCUUUUCCCGUGUGUAAAAUCUGUCCCAAACCAUCUUUAAGAUCUAUCCCUAACAGUCGAGCUGGAAGAGCGGUGCACAAUUACCUUACUAUGCGCUAUGUGGAAAGGAACUGAAUGUAUCUGACUUUGAGCAUGGGAAGAAAGAAAAUAAAGCAGGGACAGUUGUGGGAGUACUACACACUAGCCAGCUAUUUUAGGGGGACAGUCUCCUUACAGAAUUUUACAAGUAAAUUGAUGCUUUCUUUCCCUCUUGACAACUACCCCAGUAAACUAUAAUUAUUAUAGUUAUCUUAGUUUGGAACUCAGAAGUAUGACACUCUUCAAAAAAGGCCAGAAUUUAAAUACCUGAAAGCCUCACUAAGACCUAUUUGGGGGGAGGGAGGCUAGGGGGGCCUAGAGCCUUGCUUUUACUACUCAUACUAGGCCGAGGGCUCCCCCUGAACUAUAUUCCCAGCCUUUUGAGUAGUUUUCAUUUUGAGAGGUCUCACUAAAUUGCUCUAGCUGGCCUGGAACUUAACAUCAUUAUGUCUCAGCUUCCUGUGGAGGUGGGAUUGCAGGCCCAAGCCACCGGGAACAGCUUCCCCAAGACCUUAAGAAAGAACUGAAGAACACAUCUCCGAGUCUACUUUGCCUCUUCUCAAUCUUCUCAUUUGCCUUUUCCUCCAGGAUUAGUUUGCAAGAACCCAUCUAGUUGGGUUCUCUGCUUCAGGGCCACGUCUACUUCAAUCAAACGUCACCUGGGUGAAAUUUUCAUCUAGAAGCUUCAAGGAGAAGAAUCUGCUUUCGGGCUCUUAGGUUUGGGGUACAAUUUAUAUAUUUGCAACUAUAGGAUUUAUUCAUAUUUUGACCUUUGUCAGCCAGAGGACAAGCUCAGCUUUGGGAGGCUAUCCACACAAUUCAUCUCACACUGACUUUGCUCUCUCCAUGUAAGUCAGAAACAGCAGCUGACUUCUUUUCUUCAUGGCCAGGUGGAAAGAGAGAGAGUGGGCUCUGGGGGUCCAAAACCUCUGCAGAAAGGGCAAUUGUGUGAGUGCAAUGAAUGUUUCCAUUGCCUGUUGGUUAAACAGUAAAAAUCAUGGGUCCUGCCCAAACUCAACACUGUGAGCAACAAAAAGCAAUGAUCUUAUGGACCACCUGGAAACUGUAUGCUGCAUGGGGAGAAGAAACCGUUACUUCUCAGCCUUUGAGUAUGUCUGGGUUGACACCUUUACUACCAGGAUUAGA